UUUGCUUCUGUCUACUGGCGCGGCUCCAUUAAAAGCAAUAACUAAAAUUAGACUAGUAACAACAGCAAUAAGUGUGUUUCAUGCUGCCGGAGUGCACUGUUUUUGCGGUUGCACAUGCACUUUCAUACACUAAUGCGGCAAUUAUAACGGUGUGUUAGCAGCGCGCGUGUGACGGGAUUUCAGUCCCUGGGAGUUUCCCCUGUCGUCUGUUCCGUUCCUGUUCUUUUUGUUUGUUUUUUGGCAGUGCGCUUUUACCGUUAGCCGAAAAAUUCAAUUCCAAGAAAAGGCAAAGGAAAAGCUGAGAAAAAUAAGUAAAAAAGUAGAGAGAGAGAGAGAACCAACGGCAAAUAACAAAAAUCAUAGACUACGAACUACGAAUCAGAAGACGAAAGGCAGAGGAAGAAGCCGAGUAAAGAUAAAUGCAAAGCUAUUUCAACUAAAUAAAGUUUACAAUCCACUGCCAGGCAAUUCAGUCGGGGACCAUUGGCUCCAUCAAUCUGUUCCUCUGCAACACUUGUUGCUCUUCUCCUUACCAACGAAACCACGCAGUAUCGUGCGGAGAGAGGCGUCUGGAGCGUGAGGGUGACAACUCUGACAUGCAUUGGGCUGGAAGCUGGUCACACUCAACUCUUCCGCUCGAACAGCUAACGACGAAAACACCAGCAGUAUCAGCAUCCAUCUGAGAAGGAGACGGAACCGCAGACCUGGAGUGGAGUGCAUUCAACAUGGACGACGAGCUAUGUCGUAUCUGCAUCGGCUCUCACGCGAGCGGCAGUCCCAUGAAAAUGAUUUCAAUAUUCGGCGAGGACUUGCUCUGGCAGAAAAUAACCACAAUAGCCGACGUCCAGAUCACUAAGAACGACACGUUGCCGCAGCAGGUCUGCGUAGACUGCGCCAAGACCGCGGUCUCGGCCUACCUGUUCAAGAAGAAAUGCGAGGAUGCGGACAGAUUUUACCGUCAGCAACUGUUACUGAAGAAGAUCCACGGUUUGGAGAAGCAGGAGACGGGAGGAGAAACUAGGAAAGAUGCUGCCAGCGGGGACCGGGCCAAGAGCAGAGGCUGCAGCACUGCCAGCAGCAGUGGCACCGCCAGUGGCAGUACUACCGGUAGCGGAAGCAGCUCCUCCAGUACCAGCUCCGACGAUGACGAAGAGGAGGACAACGACAACGCAAAUGCAAAUGCCAAUCCCAAUCCCAAUCCCAAUCCCAAUGGCAAUGACAAUGAUAAUGGGAGCGUAGCUGGAGACGCGGGGUCGCGUCUACAGAAUGGUCAUGGAGAUGCCAUCAAUGGGCACCUGGUCGAAGAUCCCAAUGAUGAGGAUGUGGAGCAGGGGGAACUGCAGUUGGUCCUGGAUGAUCGGCAAAGGUCUCUGUUCGAUGACGAGCAGCAGGAUCAGUCUGGCAUCGAACUCAGCAAUGGGGUGGCGCUGGCGGAUGGCGAAGAGGAUUUGGAGGUGAUGACCCAUGAAGAGUCACCCGACCAUGUCGACGAUGGCGAGAUACCCGUCCACGACGGCCACUCCAAGGAGCCGUUCGACUUCAACUCCAUUCGCCUGAUGCAGGAGUAUAUGCAGCACCAGAUGAACAAGUUCCCUAACGGUGGCGCCGGUUUGCCUGGUCACGAUCUAGAUCUCGACCACCAGCUCGAGGUGGAUGAGGAUGACGAUGACGAGGAGAUGACACUGCCCCUGAUUCCAGAAAUCGAGCUAAUUACGCCCGGCGAUGAUUCUAUGAUCGGCCCAGACGGCGCCGACCACUCAGAGGCCAUUGUGGCGGCCAAUGAGGCUGGACAGGUAAUGCGCGUGCAAGGAUUCCAGUGUCCGCACUGCUACCAGACCUUCGACAUGAAGCAGAUCCUGAAGGCGCAUAUGCAGAGUGUCCACGGCGCUCCGGGGCCCGUCUACGAGUGCAGCAAUUGCCGCAAGACCUACUUUUACAAGCGAUUCCUGGAGAAACACAUCCGACGCGGUCGCUGCGUGAAGAAGCGGCGCAACCAAACUCGGCCCAUGCAAUGUUCGGACUGCCAUGUCCUCUUUCCCACGGGCCACCAUCUGGGCUGGCACAAGCGCACCGGCUGUCCCUCCAAGGCGGCCAAGAUGCCCCUGCAGCAGCUCUUUAAGCAGAACAUUGUGCAGUUUAACAACUUCCCCAAGCGGGUCCCAGCCUCUGGAGGUGGAGCAGGAGCAGGAGCAGGGGCUGCACGCAAGCCCACAGCUCCGGAUCUCCACGUGAACAACCGCAAGCUGGGCUUGGUUAACAAGCGGAAGGGCCGUACCCGUAUUAAGCUAGACGCCAAGAAGAUCGCCCUGGCCAAGCAGCUGAUCCUGCGCGAGGCCACCACCACGGUGAUCGCCAACGAGCUGAACAUCUCGCGCACAUUUGCCUGGCGUCUGCGCAAGAGCCUCGUUAACGGAGUCAGUCUGCACGAGCGUGUGGUGGACCAGGCCGCUGAAGAGCAGCUCCAUCAACAGCAGCAGCAUAUCCAAGCGCUCCAGCAACAGCAGCAACAGGAAGAGGCUGCAGUCGCCUCGGCAGCUGCAACCGCAGUUGCAGUUGCAACCGCAGCAGCUGAGCGGGAGCGGGAGCGGGAGCAUCAACAUCUGAGUUUGCCCUUUGGCCACCUCGGCCUGGGCCUGAUCAAGGAGGAACGACAGGACAGCGAGGACGAGGAGCAGCAGCAGCUCCACCUCCAGCAUCAGCACCAACUCCACAACUCGCUGGCCUUGGGCGACGAGUGCGGGGCGGAUGAAAUUGGUGCAGAGGAAACAGCCGGCUACAUGGGCGACGAGGAUGCCGUGUGCAGCCUGCUCCACAAUGGGUAUGAUAUGCGUGGUCAGCUGGAAGACCCUGAUCCCGACUCUGAUCCCGUCGAGCACGACCCCUACGAGGGAAACGAGAACGAGCGUCAUCCUAAUGCGGGCGGGGCCAACUCCGUGUCGCCCCCGCCUCCACCGUUGGCCCCAGCUCCAGUCCAGGUGCCAGUGCAUGUGCCCUCGCGACCGACUGUCGAGGUGUACAAGCGUUUGCUGGCCGAGUCGCAGCACUUUCCACACAUCGUCAACGCCCAGCAGUUACAGCUACACCAGCAGCAACAGCAUCGGGAGCAGCUACAGCAUCAGCAAAAGCCAGCCCACAAUGGAGGAUUGCCGAUGCUCACCCGCUUUCCGCCCGCCGUCAUCCAUGCCCUUCCCGUGAACCUCUCCCUACGUUCCAUGGCCCACAUGAACAGCAACGAGAGCAAUGGCAGCAACAGCAGCAACAACACCGUCGCCGUCACAGCGCCCCAUCCAGGCGCGACUGCAACGCCAGCGUCAGCGGCUGGUUCUGGUUCUGCGAAGAAGCCACGCAAGCCGAACGUCUUCAUCGAUGACGAGAAGUACGCCAUGGCCAAGCUUCUUGUGGCCCAGAACUCGUCGACUAUGGAGAUAGCCCGAGCGCUCAACGUAUCGCAGAUGACGGCCUGGAAGGUGCGCGAUGCAAUACUAAAGGGCGUGCCCCUUUCCUAUCGCAACAAGCGCACCGAAGGACGUCAUUCAGCGCUAGGCGACGAUGCGCGUCAAACGGAUGUGGCAUCCGCCAAGGAGCAGCAUGCUCAGCAGUUGGCCCAGGAGCAGGAACUACAGCAGGUACACCAGCAUCAACAGGCACUGCAGCAGGCAGAGCAAGAGCGGCAGGAGCGUCAGAAGGGGCUGCAGCAGGAAAUGCAGCGACAACAACAGCAGCAGCUUGAGCAGAUGGAGCGCAUUAAGCAGCAGCGCCAACGGCAGGAGCUGAUCCGCCAGCAACAGCAGCAGCAGCAGCAGCAGCAGCAACAGCAACAGUUGCGUCUUCAGACGCCAGCGGACACAUCACACUUUCAACAGCAGCCCCCACAGCAGCCUCAACAGCAGCAGCCACAGCUUCCGCUUCCGCGUCGCCGCCUGAAGGCUGCCGAACGGGAGCUUCGGGAUAAGAAUAUCACCCGGGAGAUACUCGAACUGAUCGAAGAGGAUAGCAACAUCCAGUACUGGAAAGUUUCAGCCCGCCUGGCCGAAAAAGGCAUCAACAUUUCGCCAUCAUCCGUCUGCCAGAAGCUCAAGUCGAUGGGUAUUCAUCGUCGCUGGAAGCCAGGCGACAAGCCCUCCAUGCUGGCCAUCAGCCAGAUAAAAGCGGCCACAGUUGCAGCGGCGCUUGCCGUCGGAGGAGUGGGAAUGGGCGUGGGUGCCAGCAGUGGAGUGAGUAGCAGCCACAGCUUUGUCGGAGUCGAUGAUGGAUACGAGCAGCAGCAGUUCGAUAUGGGCGGACCACAUUUUCUCAGUGCCUUCACGCGCUGAAUGAAUAGAGCACAGGCGCAAUGUCACCCCCUGGCACCUCCUGGCAUUCUCUGUACACAGGCACAACUGCACUGCGCCCCAUAAUUUUAGGUAUUAUAAAUCUUGGAUAGAUCGGCACAAUUUGUAUUUUUUAUAAAGUAUUUGAGGGAGAGAUAGAGGAUCGCUCUCUGUAAUAUAAAAUUGUAUUCAAUAUGAGAUAUACAUAGAUAUAUACAUAUACGUGUAGAUGUAUAGGUAGAACUAGAUAUAUAUCAAAAAUAUAUGGUAAGCAUUCCUAGAAUGUCGCGCAACCACUAAUCAAUCCACACACAGCCACACUUAUGCACAUAGCGUGUUCAUUCCAGGAAAACCAUUUCCGCGGUCCAUGUGGUUUUCCAGGCAUCUCCCUCUUGUACAGAGGGACACACAUUUAGUUGUUAGUUUUGGUCACAUAUUAUUUAUAUUCAUUGAUUGCAUAUCGCAGUUUGUGGGAAAUGGAUUCAAAGAUUCGCAUUGCAAAUAUUGCCCAUUCAUCAGUGGAUUUCACCUACGCACGUAUGCAAUUUACUCAGCACUGAACUUUAAUUUAGUUAAAUUAAUGUAUAAAACAACUAAACGAAUGACAAACAACAGCAGAACAACAGGAAACAGAACAAAGCAAAUGAAAGCCGAACAAACAGCAUCAAGAGACAAGAGUAGUAGAGAGUUAUAUAACGGGCAACACAAGAAAGCUAGCAACAUAAGUGCAAUUAUAACAAAAAUAACACUAAACUAAACAUAGGAACACAGAUAUAUGUAUCUUCAAGAUAAUAACCAGGAUGAGAACAGUAAAAAGCGAGGGAGGAAGAGAAAGAGAAGAGGAUAGUCAAUACAAAUUCAAAACUUUCGCUAACCUGAAAUAAAUCCUUAAGCUCGAAA